UUGGAUAUAAAAUUGGAAAUAAAGGUUCAUUCAGUUUAGUCAAUAAGGAACUAACAGUUGUAAGAGUACAAUCUGGCGCUUGGAUUGAUGCAUUACAAUUCUGCUUUUCAGCAACUGACUGUACACAACAAUUUGGUGGUACGAUAAAUGGUCAAUGGUCAGCUGAAUUUAAUUUAAAUAUUAUAGGCAACUCACAGUUUUAUAAGGUGUCGGGAUUAAAUGGAGCAUUCAUUGAGAAAUAUAAUCCAAAUUGGACUGUUAAUACAAUGAGUUCAAUUACAGUAUUAUAUAAGAAAGUCUGA